CUCCUACUCUCUCUCCUCUCUCUGUCACUACUUCUUUCAAGAACAACCCACCUGACUCGCUCUCUCCUCCUCCUUCUCCUUCUCCUCUCUCUCUCUCUCUCUCUCUCUCUCUACAUAUAAAUAAGGCGUCCAGUUCGUGCAUUUUCCCUCAACCUUUUUCUCAUUUCGGUCUUUGGUCCAAAGAAACAAGCGAGAAGACAUCUUUGAUCUUCUUGCUUGUUCUUUUUUACUACCUCUCCAGAACUCUACAUACAUACGCACGUCUCUCUCUCUCUCUCUCUCUCUCUCUCUCUCUCUCUCUCUCUCUCUCUCUCUCUCUAUAUAUAUAUAUAUAUAUAUAUAUCCUCACUGUUCAUAAAUAUUGAAGAAGGAGAGACGAGUGGCAUUAGCGAGAUGGGGAGGAUAUCGGACACGAUACAAGGGUUGAAGCCGGCGAUGAUGAUGGUGACGGUGCAGGCGGCGUUGGCAGGAGUGAAUAUCUUCUACAAACUGGCUGGCAAUCUCGGAAUGAGCUUGAGGGUUUUGAUCGCCUACCGGUUCAUAUUCGCCGCUGCCUUUAUUGUCCCCCUCGCUCUUGUCGUCGAAAGGAAGAGCAGGCCAAAGCUAACACGGGUGGUAGUCUGCCAAGCUUUUCUUUGUGGUUUGCUUGGAGGAUCCCUGGCUCAAAAUUUAUACGCAGAGAGUUUGGUAUUAACCUCGGCCACCUUUGCCGCUGCUAUGACCAAUCUCGUCCCUGCCAUCACCUUCAUUUUAGCCCUCUCUUUCGGGAUGGAGAGGCUGGGAUUCGGUACAUGGGCAGGCAAGGCCAAGGUGGCGGGGACGUUGCUAUGCAUAGGUGGGGCCAUGCUACUCACCUUCUACAAAGGCGCAGAGAUCAACAUCUGGUCAACUAGCGUUGACCUUCUGCACAAGGGCCCGAAUCACGGCGGACACGUGGCGGCAUCCCACCAAAAAGCUGGUAAUCCCGUGCUGGGAGCUUUGUUGGCUGUGUGCUGUUGUUUCUCUCUCGCAAUGGGUUUGAUUAUUCAAGCUAAGAUGAUGCGGCACUACCCUUGCCCCUACUCUAGUACUGCUAUAAUGAUCACAUUCGGAGCAAUCCAGGCCACCGUAUUCGCUCUAUGCAUGGAGAAAGAUUGGAGUCAAUGGGAAUUGGGGUGGGACAUCAAACUCCUCACAGUUUCUUACACGGGGAUUGUGGCCUCUGGAGCUAUGUUCACCUUCAUGGCCUGGUGUGUACAAAUGAGGGGUCCACUAUAUGUAUCUGUUUUCAACCCUUUGAUGCUUGUGCUUGUGGCCCUUGCUGGGUCCUUGGUGUUGGAUGAGAAGCUACACUUAGGGACCGUGUUGGGAGCUGUGGUGAUAGUGUGCGGAUUGUACACAGUUUUAUGGGGAAAGGGCAAAGAGUUGAAGAGGAUCACUCAGUUGAUGCCAUCAAAGAGCUCUAGGGAAUCCGAACGCAUCGAAAUCAUCAUAAGUUCUUCGGCAGAAAAUAGCAUUAACAUUAAUAGUAGCAGUAGAAGCAGCAUAUUGGUGGUGAUUCCAAAUGACGUUUCAAUGGCCUACACUUUAGACGAUGCUUUAGAUGACGACGUGUCGGAAACGAAUAAGGCUAAGGAAGAAGAAGAAGAUGAUGAAAAAGAGGGAGAACAAGAAGAUGCCAACUACGACGACAAAGGAAAAGGAGAUAAUUCGAAGGCCACGGCGCCAAAAGUCUAAACGCAGGAGCGAGCACUUACUAUAGUAUAAUAGUGUAAUUAAUAAAAUUGAAGGAACAUAGGUUUUAGUACAGUCAUGGAAAUGUCCCCUGAAUUGGGGCAUUUUUUUGCUAGGGUUGGUUGAAGAUGAUAUAGACAGUAUAUAUAUAGGUACGUUAGUUAUGUUUAUUUGUUGUUCUUUAAAAUUUUUGUAUCUAUAGGUUCUGUGAAUUUUUCGAAUGUUAAUUCAUAAAGGUGACAACUUUUUAGCUUA